CAACCGCCGCGCCUCAUCCUCCAUCAACCACCUCGCUGUCGUGUCUGCGAUCAACCCGUGGCGCCUCCGCCCUCGUCGGCUCGAGCCCCCUGCUUGCACAGCCAACCGUCAUGUCUUCACCGCCGGGUCCGUCGCCGCCCCCUUCGCAAGGCGCGGCAGAGCCUACUCCCGCCUCCGCUCCUCCUGCCGACACCCUCACGCCUGCGUCAUCGCCGCCUACCGACACCCGGCGAUGCUUUGUCUGCCUCACCGACGAGAACGCCCGCAACCUGCCUCGCGACUGGUCGACGCCCUGCAAGUGCUCGCUCGAGGGCCACCAGGACUGCCUCCUCGACUGGCUCGCAGACCUCGAGAUCCAGCAGAAGCCCCUCGUCUGCCCCCAGUGCAAGAGCAAGAUCCGCAUGAUCGAGCAGUACGACCCCCUCGUCCACCUCGGCGACUACCUCAACCGCCUCCUCACCACCUGGUCCCCGACAAUCCUCCUCAGCUUCAUCGGCUCCGGCGCCCUCGUCGGCAGCGCCCUCUACGGCGUCGAGGCCAUCGAGAUCUUUGCAGGCCCCGAGGCCGCCACCCACUUCAUCAUCAAGGAUGUUGCCAACAAAGGCCUCGAGGGGUAUCUCCGGAGCCUCAUCCCGCUGGCGCCUGCUGAGCCAUCCAUCAACUUUGCCCACUUCUUCGUCCUGCCCUUCAUCGGGCCAGGACUGAUCCUGAACCGCCUCAAUCUGGGUGGCAUCUUCUCCAUACCCACGACAUUAUUGGCAAUAUCGUGGGCGAACCUCGGUCGACUCGAUGCGAGCCAGAGUGCCUGGCCGCCCAGCUUCGAGCAGGCAAUGCUCAUGGUUCCUGCCAUCAAGUCCACGUACUACUACGUCUACCGCAAACUGUUCUUCAACAUGGAGAAGCGAUGGGAGCGGAUAGCGCGUGCGCCGCACCUGUACGGCGACGACGCGCGGAAUCUGAACAACACCGCCCAAGCCGAGCGGCACGCCGUCGCCGCCGCCGAUGCCAACCGCGAAGGCGGCGAGGAUCGCGAGCUGCUCUUCCAAGCACAGAUCAACUUCAACUUUGGCGGCAACGGCGGCCCGGAGGAGAACGAGAUCAACCCAGAGGACAAUGUCGGCGACGUGCCGCAGCCCGCAAACGCUGCCGUCGGUGGCAACGGAGGGGGGAAUGCGCAUGGCGGAGGCGGCGAGGGCAGGCAACGCGUGUUCGACCUCGGAGACAAGUCGCCGUUCAACUUUAUUGCUGGCGCUCUCACUUUCCCCGCCGUCUGCUACGGUGCCGGCGAGAUUUUGCGUGCGGUGCUGCCAGCCAGGAUGGUCACGCGGCCAUUGAGAGGCCCGCUCACGGGUCUCCUGCAGGAGCGCUGGGGCCGGAGUCUGGUCGGCGGUUGCCUGUUUGUGGUUCUCAAGGACGCCUUCUUCCUGUACGUCAAGUACCGGCGGGCGAUGAUCCGGCCGCUCCGGAAGAUUGUCAACGAGAAGAACCGCAAUGUGCACCCCUGAGUUGCGGGUCCACCCAGAGGACCUGCAGGCACUGGCAGCACGGGUGGCCGGCGAGCAAUGUUUUGACGAAGCGUAUUAUGGGAAUGGAAUUCGGCAUGGCAUGGCGUGGCAAGGCAUGGUAGCAUAGACAGCACGCUGUUGUGUGGACUUGGGGACUUUUGAAACGAGAAUAAUACCACGAACCCCAUUCUCUCUCUCUCUCUCUCUGUUUCCCACAAAGCAAACGUCGUUCGCUGUGUGCGUACCAAAAGAACCAUGGGAAAUCCACCAGAAUAUCACAAUUCGGGUUGCCUCAACUUCGAAUAAUCCUUCCUAGCACACUUUCACAAUGGCACCUACGCCCGAAACUCGCUGGGGAAUGCGCAACCCGCAUCUCCAUAACCGCCGCCGUUCAAGAACCCCCCCCCCCCCCAA